AUGGAUGAGCAUGAUGCUUUGGAGUAUAUUUUUGGAAGCAACUUGAGACAUUGCGUGGAGAGUACAGGACAAGUCUACAAGAUAUCAAUUGGAGACAAAUACUUUGAGUUCUCUUGUGGAGAAGAUUACCCAUAUAGUAUUCCUAGAGUGAUAUCCAAUGUCGAGAAUGAGGUUCUGGAGGAUGUGGCCAAAAAAGCAAAAAGCUAUGUCUCGACGCCUAUGAUCUUUGACAUGAUCAGAUUGACUUUUAAAAAGCUGGAGGAAAGUAACAUAGAAGGAAUCGGAAAAAGAAUAUCGGCCUGCUAUAUUGUGGACGAUAGAGAAAGAAUCACAGAAGAAGACUUUUUGAACUGGAGAAAGAAAAACCAGAUAGCAGUAAGAACAAGGAGUGGAAAAACCGGAAAGGAGAUAUUUCUAGAGAGAAAAAGAAACAGAGAAGAGAUACAAGAUGACAUAUAA